GACAAGAGAGCUGGCUCAAAAACAGCUGAGGAAAAUAUCUGAAGAAAUGGCCUCUGUAGAUAGAAACAGUUGGCAGGAAUGGGACCUGUCGGGACAGAAACUGAAGUCCAUUCCUAAGGAUUGUCUAACAUAUGCAACAAGAGUGGACCUACAGAGGAACAAACUGAAACGGGUCAUUGGCAUCUCCAGACUCACCCACCUGACCGAGCUUAAUCUCUCCAGGAACAAGAUAAUGGAGUUUUCUCAGGAAAUGCAAAACCUGCAUAAAUUAGAGAGACUUUACAUGAACCAGAACAAUAUCAGAUCUAUUCCAGAGGGAAUCUUUCCUCAUCUAAGGAGGCUAAAGUUCCUAAAACUCAGCACCAAUCGCUUGGCCAAGCUUCCCUCAGAUAUUAACCAGUGCACCAGUAUCACUUACCUGGACCUUUCCAAGAACUGCCUGCAAAACAUCCAAGCACUAGUUGGUCUCCAAAAAUUGAAGGAGCUUUUGGUUAAAAAAAACCAAUUGACCGAGCUUCCAUCCCAGCUCUUCCAGAACAGGAGCUGUGAGCUGACAGUGUUCAAGGCCACAGGCAACCCGCUGAGGUACCCCCCAGAGGAGGUCUGUGAUGGAGGGGUCAUGGACAUCCAGAGCUACUUCCUUCAAAUGGAGGAGAACCCAAACACACACAGUGCCUGGACAGUCAAGACCAUGUUUCUGGGUUCCUCCAUGGCAGGGAAGUCCACACUCUGCCGCAGCCUGAGGAAGGGGAAGCCCGUUGCAGUAGCAGUAGAGGACCGAACUGAGGGAAUCGAGAUCAGUCAACUGUACACCCAGGAAGUCCGUUUCCUUUUCUGGGAUUUUGCAGGGCAGGAAGAGUACUACCUGACACACCAUGUCUUCAUCACACCUCGAGCCCUUGUCAUCCUUACUAUUGAUUUAGCCAGCUACAGCAUUGAAGACCCACAUUCCUUCAAAGACCAACUGUGGUUCUGGAUAAACAACAUACAGUUGCGUGUGCCUGAUUCAGUGGUCCUGCUGGUGGGAACACACUGCGACCAGUGCCGCGACCAGGAGGAGGUGAUGGAGAAAAAGAAAGACAUCGAGGAGAAGGUCAAAAACAUGCUGGCAAACAGGAGGAUUGUUUUAAAAUACCAGAAGAAAAAUCUGGAGGAAAACACAGACUCUUCUCUCUUUGCAGACCAGAUGGAUGAGCUGGAUUGCCUACUGGGAUACAAUUUAAAGGUUCUGGAUCUCGUAACUCUCGACUGCCAAAGGACUGAGGAUAUUGCCAAACUCAGAAGUCAUAUUCUGAUGUGCAUUCAAUCAGAGAGUGUGCUUCUCUGUGCUGAGAGCAUCUUACCGAAAAGUUAUGAAGAAGUGGAGCAAGCCAUCCUUACACUUGUUGCACAACAAGAAAUUCCCCAACACGGUAUUAUUCUACUUGAAGAACUGAGUGAUUUAAUUCUGAACCAUGUUAAAAUGAGCCAAGAGAGUCUCCACUCCAUCUUGCGAUCCCUCUUGCGAUAUCUGCACCGGAUUGGGGUGAUCAUUUGGUAUGAAGACAUCGAUGUACUAAGAGACAGAGUCUUUAUCCAGCCUUCUUUUCUCAUCUCAAUGUUCAAGAGCAUUGUGAGACAUGACCUGGUGCAGCAGCUGGAGGGGGUCUCCAGAGACCUCCUCAUGCAGGAAGGGGCUCUGGUGAAACAGAAGUUCACCUGGGUGCAUGACUUGAGGUACAGAGGCAUCCUCCAGAAUGCAGCCAUGCGCAUCUUGGUGCGCAGAGAGAUAGAGAAACUGGUUGUGGACGAUGAUGACCUGGUCAGAGAGGUGGUGGGAACCAAGAAGGAGGAAGGCAUAAUUCUCACCCUACUGCAGCAUUUUGAGGUGUGCCUCCCCACUCUUGUCGGAAGCCCCCUGAACCCCCAAGCAUCAGAUUUCAUCCCCGGUGAGAAGCAGUGGGAGUCAGCCUGGGAAGAAAAGAGAGACCCAGAUGGAGCCUGUCUCUUCCCCAUCUACCUCAAGGACAACAUCACAGUGUGCCAUAAGUGGGGUGAGGACAAGCAAGAUGACCUCAGUGUCCACAUGUACUUCCUUCCUGAGAUUCCUCAUGGCUUCUUCCACAGAGUAAUCAUCAAGACGUGCUUCCUGUACCCGACUCACUGGGUGGGGAGAGAGCAGUGUCUCCUCUGCUGCGGAAACAGACUGGCUCUGGUGCGACAGAAGAUUGAAGAUGGAGAUCCUUUCAUAGAGAUACGCUGCAGGAGACCUGACAAGCAUAAUGAGUUUCGGCAGUUGUGGGAUCUGAUCUUGGCAGUGAUGUCCAAGCUGUUUGUGUUGUCCAGGCAGUGGCCAGGACUGACCCAGCAGGUGCACACACCCUGUCCAGAAAAAGGCUGUCCACACUACUUCACCUGGAGAGACUGGCAGGAGCUCAGCAACGCUGACUUCUACAACCUUGUGAAGGAAGAGAAAUUAGUUUGCCAGGGAGGCCACACACGACGGACGGAGCUGAUUUUUCCAAAAGUUCCUCUUUUGUAAUUAGGAGUUUGAUGAAAAUUACAUCAAAAGAGAGAAACACAGCAUCGACCUCGUGAACCAC